AUGUCAUUGUGGCAGAGAUUCAAGCUCAAUGAUUGGAGAUUGGAAAUUUUCACUAUUGCCUUUAUUACUGUCUUCGUGACUCUUUUCAAAGCAGGUGACAUUUACAACCGUUCCUUGGUGAAUUCUUUCCUUGCUGGGGUCCAGAAAACGUUUGAAAAGAACUUUUAUCAAUUUGGUGUGGGCGACGGCAAAUUGUACAUUAAAGACAACGCCGAGAGUUAUGCUUCUUAUGCGACUGGCCGUGAGAACAUCAGCAAAGUCAAUCUUGUUUUCCGUUUGGCUCCAAGACAGAACAUUUUUGUUUGGGCCAUGGAAACGAUUUUCAGUUUCUACACCGAAUCGGUGCCAUACCCACAUGACCGUGUCGAGAUUGUGGUGACACCAUCUGUGGACUACGAAAAUUUCAUUUCUGCUGUGGUCUCCAAGUUGGGUAUGAACGAGUACAGAAAGUUCAAUUAUUACUUAUCUUUGACCAGAACCUCUGAUUGCGCAAAGUUGCCCGAGUCUUUUGUUCAAAUGGGUGAAGUGACUGAAUUCCAGGACAAAACUUUGACCCCUCGUCUUGCUUCCGCUUUCACAAAGUCUAUGGCUUCUUUUGUCAGAUUUGUCGCUUUUACUGACCAGCCUGCUGAAAAGCCAGAGGCAAUUCGUGAUUUGCUUCCUCGUCGCCGUGUUGUGAUCUCACUCAAGUUAGUUACAGGUAAAGAGCAAUUGGCCCAGGUUUCAGAACUUCUUGAUUCUGUUUUCGAGGUUGUGGACCAAAUUGCUGACAAGACCAUUACCUUUAGACAAGAAGCCUCAAAGAAAGUUGUCAAGAACAGAGAAGUUGAGAUUAGCAAAAUUAAAAAGGCUGAAGAAGCUGCGAGACAACUUGAAUUGGCAGAGGAGAAGGCUAAGUUGAAGAGAGCUGAGAGAGAAAAGGCGAGAAACUUGUCCAGAGACGAACAAUUGAAGGCAGAGAAAAAGGCGCAAGAAAAGAAACAAAGAAGAGCGCAAAAGAAGAUGAAAACGAGAAUGUAG